AUGAGCUUUUCGAACAACAUCCCACCAUCUCCAACGCAACGGAUGCUGCGUGCAUCGCAGCCGCGCGUAUUGGAGACAAAUUCGGUAGCAAGCUGGAACUCGACUGCUAGUACCAUCGUAUCCUCGAGCAACACGACGAAUCCAGGAUCUUCCAACAAUAGUUCGGGAAACUCUGCGGACACUAUGCAAACAGUGCAAGCGCUCUUCGGUGGAUCCAUUCUAUUGCUCCUAAUGUGUUAUUUUUCAAAACCUCGGAUACCUGGUGCGGAAUACCACCGAGGGGAAAUCUACCGGGCGCAAGCCCUCGAACGUCUGCGCCACCAGCGUCGCGAAACCCGUUUAAAGGAUCCGAAACAGCGGGCUGAGGCUAUUGACGCAGCCUUGAUUGUUAAACGAAUCGUCGCCUCGGACGAGGUAACCGGACAGCUGAUAUUGGGGGAGCCAGACGAAGCUAUAGACCUGGACAAACAAGGUUCCAAAAUCAGCUAUCACUCUUUGGAAGAAACGGAGGAAGUGUCUACGUGUGUUAUUUGUCUCGAUGUUUUCCGGGUGGGAGACUUUGUGGCGUGGGGUAAGUUCGCGGGCUCCUUGGCACCGAGGAUCACAGAAGAGAAGCGGGGUGACGACAUCCGGUGUCGGCACGUCUUUCAUCAGGAAUGUAUCGCUCCGUGGUUGCAGAACCCCAAGCACGACGAUUGUCCGGCGUGUCGGGCGAUGAUACUACCGGAACCACCAGAAGACACAUCGGACGACGCGCUGGCAGAAGGAGGGGCUGUCGUUCAAGGCGCAGCGGAUGAUGAUCGCAGUCAAUCUUCUCAAUACAGUCAUCAUACAACCGGUACUAAAUCUGUUUUUGUCAUUGUACACGGACUGAUUUCGAGGGUGCGACGCGCCAGUUCUUCCCUCGUGGGCCAGACGAUUGGAUUUUGUAGAAUGGAAAAUGAUCUUGAUUUACAUCAACCAUCGCGCCUUCGUCGGGUCUUUUCGAUGGGUGAUGGAAGGAUUCCGGACAGGUAUACCAAUAAGAAGUACCCCGGACGGUUUUCCGGUAGUGGUUGCAUAUCGGCUGAUUCACAAUUUCACCAAAAACUAGCGACGAGCAGCGACAAUCCACAUCACUGGUCGUCAACAAUCCAACUUCGUCGAGUCGUUUCGGCCGGUCCCGAUUCGCCAGCUCGCCGAAGGCCUGCGCCGUCGUUACAAUGGAGAACACGUAGCGUUUCGGAAGAUGAGGAUGAAACGGGAAGUGAUCAGGACGCGCUGAUACCACCAUUACUUCCGCCACCUCCAGUUGGUGUUCCAUUUCGACGAGUUUCUUCCAAGGCUCGAUCAACGACCUCGGUUCUAGAAGGCGGGCAAAAUCGGGAAGCGGACCCCGAUGAGAGCGAUUACAAUGUGGACGUACGAAGCGAUUUCUCCCAGGCCAUUUUUUGGGAUAGCGCGCUUGCACAGUCAAUGCUUGCUCAGGACGAUGGCGCAAUUGUCCAGGGCGGUUCCUUCAGACCUUCACGUAUGCCCUUUCGACGCGUAUUUUCCGGAACAACGUGCUCGGCCUUACGAAGGAACUCUGCCACGAGUACAGGGAGGAACCAAUGGGUUAGGCCGUCCGUUUCCUGGCGGGAUUUGGCAACGUCGGCAAGCGAAGGCACCGAAGACGAUGAAGAGGAAGCCAUAAUGCUAGAAGCGUUGGUUCUCGUACACUUUCGAAUCGGGAUUGCCCACUACAGUGUCAGUAUCACCAGGUCUAAAAAUAGUUUCCAAGCGACGCCGGUCGACCGGGGAACGGCUAGCGCCUCCGACGGGAGCACCGUCUUCAACGCUAGAUCUUCCACGAACAGUCCAUCGACUCCUGUUCACAGGAGGAUGUACACGGCGGCAGGAACUCUGUCAAUAACGCACAGCGGAGUGAAUUCUAGCGUUUCGGCAGUAUUUUACCAUGUCUAUCUACCGCUGGAGAAAAAUUCUGAAGCUUUUGCGAUCAUUGAGGAAGAACUCAAAUAUAUGAGUUUGUACGGCGGCACCCGGCCAGGAUUUGCGUCGGUGACGGAACGAGUCAACAAAGCAACAUUAUAUUUGCAACAUCAUGUACCCUCGCUUCCCUGA